CAUCAUUGGAUCGGGAAUUGUCACUGCACCAGGAAUCAUUUGGAAUUCAGUAAAAUCUCCAGGAAUCGUAUUAUUAUUAUGGUUAUUAGGUGGACUCGUAAGUAUGGCGGGGUCCUUAUCUUAUGUUGAACUUGGUGUCAAACAUAAGAUUAGUGGAGGAGAAACAAAAUAUUUACAGACCGCUUAUCCAAAACCGAAAUACUUUAUAAGUUAUCUAUUCAGCUUUAUGUACAUUUUUGCGAUAAGGCCAGGAAUUACAAGUGCAGUUUUACAAUCUGCGGCGCAAUAUUUUUGGUAUACUAUUAAUGGUCAACAAUUUGACAUUGAGACAAAUAAAAACGGAUUUCAUCUCCCAUUCUCUCCAUUUUGGGCUAUAAAAUUCAUAGCGAUCGCAAUGUUAUUCUUUAUAACAGCAUAUCAUAUGAUUAAUAACAGAAUGGCUAAUAUUAUAAACCAGUCACUGGCGGUUAUAAAAUUAAUCACGUAUUCAAUCAUCGCCAUAGCCGGAAUUUUUAGAUUAUUUUUGGAUUGGGAAACAAGUCGACUUCACUGGCAAAAGCCAUUAGAUGGAAAUACAGACUUUACGGCUUAUACUUCUUCUAUUUUACUGAUCAUGUUCAGCUAUGAAGGAUGGAAUAAUUUGAAUUACUCACUGAAUGAAUUUAAAAAUGUUGAAAAGGAGCUCCUUUUCAGCAAUAGUAUCAGCGUUGUCAUUGUUACAUUAUUGUAUCUUCUUGUAAAUAUUGCCUUUAUUUCUGUUGUACCCAAAGAAGAUAUACUUAAUAAUGGAAAGAUGGAUCAAAUUAUAGCCGCAACCUUUUUUAAUAAAUUAUUUGGUGGAAAUGAAAUAAUAGUUAGAAUUUUCACAUUUCUAAUUGUGCUUUCUGUAAUUGGCACUGCUGCUUCAAAUGUUUGGAGUGGAUCAAGGGUUAUCGUUGCAACGGCAAGAUCAGGCUUUUUUUUGAAACAUUCGCAACUUUUAAGAAAUUGGCAUCCAGGUUGCGACACACCGGUUAAUGCUUUAUUAGCACAAUUCAUUUGGUGUUCAUUAAUUAUAUUGUUUGUUGGCAGUAGUUUUACAAUUACCAAUUUUGAAUUAUUUUCAUCGUUUUCGAUGUAUAGUUAUUGGAUCUUUUACUUUGCUACUGGAAUAGGGUUAUUGGUAAUUAGAAAGUAUAAAUUACUUGAAAGUGAAAAUGGAUUAUAUAAAGUUCGAUUACCUAUUGCUGGAAUUUUUAUAUUGGCAGGUUUAUAUAUACUGAUAUUUUCCUUUGUUAUUAACGUUCAAUGUCCAAAUAUUUUACCGCCUGCUUCAGACGAAUGUAGUAAAUAUUUAAAAGAACAAAGAGUUCAUAAAAUGUCACCAUUCUUUAUUAGUUAUGGAUUUCUUUUUAUUGCUUUAAUAUUUUGGUAUUAUUAUUGGUGGAAAACUACGAAAGAUGAAAUUAAUGAAAAGAAUGAAACGAAUGAAACAAGAAGCUGGGAGAUGAUGGGAGAAUUUGAGAACAAGAAUGAUGAAGAAGCUGUCAAAGAAAAAGAAAUUAAAGAGUCGAAAGAAAUUAAUGGAGAAGUUGAGAAAAUAAAUGAUGAAGAAUCUAUAAUAGGUGAAGCUAAGGUGCCGAAAGGAAAGCAGAAGAAAAAGGAUAAAAUGUUUACAAAUGAUAAAAACCCUGGGACUACAUCUGAAUAUUAUGCUGAACCAUCUGGAAAUAAUAUUACGGAUCAAUAA